AUGUCAUCUGCAAAGUCUAGGUCGUCUAGCUGUAACCAUGGUGUCCAUUGUAACCCAUUUAUUCUAUUGUAUGUGGAUGAUUUCAGUCUAUUGCAAGAAGAAAAAGAAAGGGUAACAAAAGACAUCCCUGACGAACUCCUGUUUUUACUUCGAAUGGUUCCGUCAUUGUCCUCCAUCCUUGACGGACGGAAGUUUUCAAGUUUGUUAUUUAUUUUGUUAACUAUUAGAUCAUACACAAUAUCCGAAGGAAACUUUGUCAUCAUGGACAUACAAGAUAAUCCCUCGUCAUUAUUAGAAUCAGAUAAUCCUAGUCCUCAGGAUCGACCAGUAUGGAGUCGAAAAAUAGAAUAUCUUUUAUCUCUGUUUGGUUACAGUGUGGGACUGGCUAAUAUCUGGAGAUUUCCUUAUCUUUGUAUGAGAAACGGAGGAGGUGCCUUUUUGGUUCCGUUUUUUAUCUUGCUGUUCACCAGUGGAGUUCCUCUUUACUUUUUGGAAGUAGCCCUUGGACAGUUUACUGGAAAAAGCCCCAUUGUAGUAUGGUCCAUUUCCCCGUUAUUCAAAGGCCUUGGAUGGCUAAUGAUGACACUCUCCUUUCUGGUGGCUUGGUACUUCAACUUGGUCAUUGCAUGGGUUCUCUAUUAUUUCGUCCAUGCUUUUUUCCCAAAGAUCCCCUGGGCCACUUGUGAUAACUGGUGGAACACAGAGCAAUGCAUCGUCAGCCACAAGGAUAGACUUAACCUAAACAAUUCUUUGACGAAUCAAUCUACAGCAGCAUGGACUAUCAAUGAAACCGAAUCCCUUUUCAAUACUUCCUAUGGUAGCCAGAAUAUAACAUAUAAUACGGCAGCAUAUGAAUUUUGGCAUUAUAAUGUUCUUAGACGUUCUGAUGGUAUAGAGUAUCCUGGUUCUGUUCAGUGGCACCUGGUUUUGGUUCUUCUUGCUUCCUGGGUAUUGACAUUUGCAUGCCUUAUUAAAGGUAUACACUCAGUGGGAAAGGUCGUGUAUGUGACGGUUAUUUUUCCAUACAUUCUAUUGACUAUUCUCCUGAUACGUGGUGUAACUCUUGAUGGCGCCAUUGAUGGAAUUCUUUUCUACCUGACCCCAGACUUUACAAAACUUCUACGCUUUCAAGUGUGGCUAGAAGCAGGACUACAGGUGUUCUUUUCUCUUGGUCCGGCCUGGGGAGGAGUCAUUACUAUGGCAAGUUACAACAAGUUCAACAACAAGUGCAUGAAGGACGCUUGGUCUGCUACUUUGGCCGAUGGUCUGACGUGUUUCUAUGCUGGCUUUGUUGUCUUCUCCAUCCUAGGAUUCAUGGCCAAAGACGUCGGAAUGACAAUGGAAGAAAUUUCAACCUUUUCAUCAGGACCUGGACUAGUAUUUGUGGCGUAUCCAGAAGUUAUUACGAAACUUCCGAUGCCCCACCUGUGGGGAGUCAUGUUUUUCCUCAUGUUGAUUACUAUUGGAAUAGACUCCCAGUUUGGAAUGUUUGAGACGGUUGCAAGUGGAUUAGCAGACAAAUAUCCCAAACAGCUGAGCUCUCGGAAAAUCUUGACUACGGCCAUUUUAUGUCUUUUUCUUUUUGUAAUAGGAAUUCCAUUAACAACUAAUGGAGGUAUAUAUAUUUUCCAGUUAAUAGACUGGUAUAUUGCCACUUUCUGUAUCUCACUGGCUUCAUUCCUAGAGUGUGUCAUUAUAUCGUGGAUCUAUGGUGCUGAACGUUUCAGUCGAGAUGUAGAACUGAUGAUAGGGCGAGGUAUCCCUAUUGCGAUGAGAAUAAGCUGGUGUAUUGUCACUCCUUUAAUCAUGAUGGUUUUACUUUUGAUGGCAAUGAUUAUGUAUGCCCCACCAAACUCAGCCACUUACACCUAUCCUGAUUUCGCUAUUAGAAUCGGUCAGUUUUUCGCCGUUCUCCCUCUGCUACCAAUACCAGUGAUGAUGACCUGGGAAAUCCUUCGAACCAAGGGUUCAUUCUUUCAGAGAAUAAAGAACCUUGCUCGCCCGGAUUCUAGCUGGGGACCCAAUAGUAAGCGUCACUGGCAGACAUACAAAAUGUACGAAUAUAAGGAUGGACUGUUAAACAGAAUCAAAGUGAAUCUACUGGGAGAUCGUAAACGUUCAAAUAUUAGAAAUUAAAAAAGAAAAACUUGUUUUAAACUAUAAUAUUUCUGUGAACAUAUUCAACAUAUCUUGAUAAACAAUGAUACAUUUAAAAAAAUCUUUUUAAUCAUCCAUAUCAAUGAAGGUGGCUUUUACUGUCUAAUUUCGUCUUUUACAAUUACUAUUGUAGAGUUCUCACUGAACUCAAAAGUGUUUGUCACAUGAGUCAAAAUACCAUCAAGUCUAGCUGCUUGUUUAUUAAAAAUUUAGAUAUUAAACUAGAAAAAGAUGUUAUUGGUAACAUUACAACAGAAAUUUAUAAUAAACGUGAUGACUUUG